UUCCGCCCGACGAUCCCGUUUCUCUGUGCGGGGGAGUCCCAUCUAGUUAAUCGUCCCCAGCCAUCGCAGCACAUUGCCUGGACAGCCCGAUCCACACACAAAACCUUUGUUCGUAGUAUCGCGACACACUCUCGUAAAAAAAUCCAAAAUUCCCAGCGCUCGUUUCGGACUCAUUUUUGUCAUAUUUUAUUUCAAAUUUUUAGUUGAAUUUGUUCGAUAAUUGUUUAAAUUAAGAUUUUUCCGCUUUUUGGAUUCUGGAGGCCAUGGCGUCGCAACAGCGUAAAUUGGCCAGGGAUCAACUCGUGGCCAUCACCGCGGAGGAGGCACGCCGCCAGCGGGCCGAGAUGCGCCGCAGCUACGGUAACAAGUUCUCCAGCAUAAAUCUCAACCGGAUGCAGCGGCAGCGGCAGACUGUUGCUAGUGUCACCAAUGCCAACACCGCCUCGGGGCUGGAUAGUAGGAAGGAUAUAACUGCCUCCGCUGCGACGCCUCCAUCGGCUGCGGUCGCACGGCUGCCUUACAGAGCGCCGACACCACUGUAUGCUCCGAAUGAAGUACCUCUGCGCAGGAUCGCAUCUAGCUUCGCCCAUGUCCGGGAUCUGCACACGGGAAGUUGUGCCGCCCUGCCGCCGGAGGAUAGCGAAGAGGAUGCCCGUGAGGAGCGCGCCGAAGUCCUUAUUCGCAGUCAGACCAUGCCCAUGGCACCGAUUGACGCCUCUACGCUCCUCUACCCGAGUGCCAAGAGCCCCACGGACCCAGAUCCUGAACAAGUGCCCAUGCCAGCGCAGAUCAAGCUGCCCAAGACCAUACCGGAUCUGCAGAUGGAAUCGCGGGCCACCGAACGUUGGCAGCAGCUGGGGAGUACAGUGUCGGCCCUGUUUCGCGCCCGGCGCUACAUCAACAGCAAGGAGUCACCAGUGGCUCAGACCAGGAGGCUGCGGGAGCAGCGUGAACUCCUGGAGGCCUUCACCCGGCCCUUUCUCUACGAGGCCUCCAAGCGGCAUUAGCGGAAGUGACCAUUUUUAGAGCUCCCCCGUUUCAAAUUUUCCCACCAAAAUGGACCCAUUUGUUGUGAAAACAAAAUCGAAAUCAAUAUCAAAUUCAAAUUCAUUGGAUCUCGCAUCGUA